AUGGCUUUCUUAGGAGUCCUGUACCAGCUCUCAAUCGGCGCAUGUAUAUAUCUGGCUUUUGCCGGCGUAAUUGUUGCGCAAUGGAUCUACAAUCUCUAUUUUCAUCCUUUGGCAGGGUAUCCAGGGCCGAUGCUCGCUCGAAUUUCCUGGCUAUACCAUGCCAUCUACACAUACAAGGGAGCGCUGGCAGACAACACUAAACGUCUUCAUGGGAGAGCACACGGAGGUGCCUACGCGUUUAUAAAGGAUCCUGGUAAAGAGUUUCGACUGCCUAACUCUCCGCCGUCUAUUGGAUUUGCACCAGAGACUGAGCAUCGGCGAUAUCGUCGCAUUCUGUCAUAUGCCUUCUCCGACAAGGCGAUGAACGAACACGAACCACUAGUUCUAAAAGGCAUCGACUCAUUGAUGAGUAGUCUGCACAAACAGGUGGAUUCGUCCCAGGGCGGAUUUAUAGACAUCGAGAAAAGCAUGACUGCAAUCAUGUUCGAUCUCACCACAGAUCUCUCUUUCGGCGAGUCGUUCAACAGCGUCACCUCGCCCGAUAUUAGCCAUCCAUGGAUGACUCUGGUGACCAGCUCCCUGAGAGGAGUGAGCGUUUAUUGUGCGAUGCGUCGUCUGCUGCCGCACGGCUUAUGGCCGUUCGCCGAUCAGGUGAUGGGGAAAGCUCCGAAGGGUUCAAAGGUGGAAGCAAUGAAUUUUGCCAAACACAUAGUUGGGAAAAGGUUAGAGAACGUGGUGGGUAAUAAGGAUGUUAUGGCGUACAUGAUCGACUCUCAUGGUGUACCGAACGGAUUGAGUCGUCGCGAAAUCGAACGACUCGCGCUCAGUUUGGUCAUUGCCGGGAGCGACACUACCUCUACUCUCCUUUGCAACGUUAUCUACCGCUUAACCCAACACCGAGAUGUACUACAAGCGCUUCUCACACAGAUUCAGGAUACAGCCUCCCCAUCGGAAAUCAGUUUCUCGACCGUGAAGAAAAUGCCAUAUCUCACAGCAGUGCUUGAAGAAUGCCUUCGAAUGCUACCUCCUGUACCAAAUGUCUUUCCUCGGGUCGUGCCGCCCGAAGGCGCAACCAUCUGCGGCCACUUUGUGCCAGGAGGCGCCGUAGUUGGCGUGAAUCAGCUUUCAGCGAACAUGUCGAGCAAGCACUUCGUACGCCCCGAGUCAUUUCUUCCGACGCGAUGGUUGGGUGGGGACGAGUUCUCAAAUGACAAUAGACGAGCGAGAAUGCCGUUUAGUUAUGGUCCAAGGAACUGUGCUGGAAAGAAUACCGCCUACAUGCAUUCCAAAAUGAUCAUCGCGCGACUGGUAUCCGAAUUUGACAUCGCCCUGGCACCGGUUUGCUUGGACUGGCCGCAGAGAUGUAAAGGAUAUGAUACCGUGGAAAAGCCGCCUUUAUAUGUUAAGCUGUACUCCAGGCAAAACGGAGCGGAAUAG